UCGUGCCCGCAGGCCGCACCCUCUCCCAUCGUCAGAGAAGAGAAGGAGAAGAGGAAAGAGCGAGAGGGCUGGAAAGAAGUAAAGGGAGACUGCGCCGAGGAGUACAAAGGAUUCAUGGAGCCCGAGGUCUCCAAGGAAGCGGAGAAGCAGCCGAUGGAGGCGGAGGCCGGAGAUCCAGCAGAUCCCCGCGACCUAGUGUCCAGCGACGACGAGAUAGACUACUCCGUGGAGCCCGAGUUCUACGACCCCGCCGUAGACGAUGUUGAUGAGCGCUGGGCGCACAAGCAGAGGAAAGGACGGACUUCUGACGCCGUGCUCAGCUGCCCCGCGUGUUUCACUACCUUGUGCCUGGAUUCCCAGAGGCACGAAAAGUAUGUAAACCAGUACCGUGCAAUGUUUGUGUGCAACUGCAAGGUCAAGACUGAUCAGAUUCUACGGGAGGGGAAAGGAAAAAGGAAGAAUCGGAAAGUAACGGCUGUUGAUUCUGCUACACCAGAAGUUGCAAACAAGGGGCCAGUUUAUCACCCUGUUUGUUGUGAGAUCUGCUCAACUGAGGUUGGAGUGUUUGAUGAAGAUGAAGUUUACCACUUCUUUAAUGUCAUUCCUAGUAACUCAUGAACCUUCUGAUGUUGUGAGAAUAGUUCUCGUAGUGCUGUUUUUUGUCGAUCCAGAGCUGAUGUGGUAGUAUGUGAAUUAUUUUUUCUUUUCAUGAUAUCAAGACAAAGUUAAACCUGCCGUCCUUCAUGGAAAUUAUAUUCUGGCAUCA